AUGGUCAAUGACGAAAAAAUACCUCUUAGUAAUAUCAUUGAAAAUCCGGGACAACCAAAAGAACAUAAAGUAGAAGGAUUACGAUUAAAAUUAGAAUACAUUAGUGCCGAACGAGGAAGCUUCCAAAGUGAUGCAGGCGGAGAUACGUCUCGCAAAUCUAAAAAUAACAGACGCAAAACUCAAGGUAGAUUCACCGAUAAUCCUAAACAGUAUAUGCAAUUUUUAAAUUGGAAUAAGUACAUGCAAAGAAAAGACGAAGAUCACAUUACUAUCAUAAAUAAGAAUACGCAGGAUGUGAAAGCGAAUUUUGAUUAUGUAGAACUAUGCAAAUAUUUAGAUGUAAAUAAUCUUGACUUGGGUAUUCCCAACAUGUAG